CCGUUGUCCGAGAGCAGUUUCCCGCCGGACUGAAAAGCCGAGUGCAUCUAGUGCCGCGGGAGCAGCGCCUUGGUCCCCUGUUCCCGCGACAUGGCCUUCAACUUUGGGGCUCCCUCGGGCACCUCUGGCACCGCUGCAGCCACCGCGGCCCCCGCAGGAUUUGGUGGGCUUGAGACUGCCAACUCUACCGCCAGUGGGUUUAAUUUUGGGGGUUUCGGAUUAACUGCUAAUCCUGCAGUGAACUUUAAUAUUGGGAAUUUCGGUGUUUCUACUACCUCGGCGACUCCGUUCAAUUUUGGUAACAGUCUGGCGAGUGCAGUUGGGUUUGGAGGAUUUGGGACAACAUCUACAACAGCUGGUUCCGCAUUCAGCUUUUCGGCUCCAGCUAACACGGGCGCUACCGGACUCUUCGGUGGUACUCAGAACAAAGGGUUUGGAUUUGGUACUGGUUUUGGCACAACAACUGGAAGUAGUACUGGUUUAGGUACUGGUUUGGGAACUGGACUGGGAUUUGGAGGAUUUAACACACAACAGCAGCAACAGCAAACUACAUUAGGUGGUCUCUUCAGUCAGCCUACACAAGCUCCUACCCAGUCCAACCAGCUGAUAAAUACUGCAAGUGCUCUUUCUGCUCCAACACUGUUGGGAGAUGAGAGGGAUGCUAUUUUGGCAAAAUGGAAUCAGCUGCAGGCCUUUUGGGGAACAGGAAAAGGAUAUUUCAACAAUAACAUUCCACCAGUGGAAUUCACACAAGAAAAUCCCUUUUGCCGAUUUAAGGCAGUAGGUUAUAGUUGUAUGCCCAAUAAUAAAGAUGAAGAUGGGCUAGUAGUUUUAGUUUUCAACAAAAAAGAAACAGAUAUUCGAAGCCAGCAGCAGCAGUUGGUAGAAUCAUUGCAUAAAGUUUUGGGAGGAAACCAGACCCUUACUGUAAAUGUUGAGGGUAUUAAAACAUUGCCAGAUGAUCAGACGGAAGUUGUCAUUUAUGUUGUUGAGCGUUCUCCUAAUGGUACUUCAAGAAGAGUUCCAGCUACAACACUAUAUGCCCAUUUUGAACAAACUAACAUAAAAACACAGUUGCAGCAACUUGGUGUAACCCUUUCUAUGACUAGAACAGAACUUUCUCCAGCACAGGUCAAACAACUUUUACAGAAUCCUCCUGCUGGUGUUGAUCCUAUUAUCUGGGAACAAGCCAAGGUGGAUAACCCUGAUUCUGAAAAGUUAAUUCCAGUACCCAUGGUGGGUUUCAAAGAACUUCUUCGAAGACUGAAGGUUCAAGAUCAGAUGACUAAGCAACAUCAGACCAGAUUAGAUAUCAUAUCUGAAGAUAUUAGUGAAUUACAAAAGAAUCAAACCACAACUAUGGCCAAAAUCGCACAAUACAAGCGGAAACUCAUGGACCUUUCCCAUAGAACUUUACAGGUCCUAAUCAAACAGGAGAUUCAGAGGAAGAGUGGGUACGCCAUUCAAGCUGAUGAAGAGCAGCUGCGAGUUCAGCUGGAUACGAUUCAGUGUGAGCUGAACGCGCCCACCCAGUUCAAGGGCCGACUAAAUGAGCUGAUGUCCCAAAUCAGGAUGCAGAAUCAUUUUGGAGCAGUCAAAUCUGAGGAAAGAUAUUAUAUAGAUGCAGAUCUGUUACGGGAAAUCAAGCAGCAUUUGAAACAACAACAGGAAGGCCUUAGUCACUUGAUUAGCAUCAUAAAAGAUGACCUAGAAGAUAUAAAGUUGGUAGAACAUGGAUUGAAUGAAACCAUCCACAUCAGAGGUGGUGUCUUUACUUGACAAUUCACAAACCUGUUAAGGGCUUCUGAAAUGCAUCUUCUUGCAACAUCAGGCCUUCCUUAAGAAUGAAACUGACCACAAAGAGGGGAGAACAGAAAAACGAUCCUCUCCUGGCUUUUGAGGAGGUUACUGUCAAAUUAUUUUUCAUCAGAUCUGAAAUAACAUCCACUUCACAGCUCUUCAAAGAUAGCCUUUGAGAACUUUAAACCUGACAGCUGUUACUGUUAAAGAGAAGUACAUAAUUACAAAAAAUGUGCCGCUCUACAUUUUGACAACAGCAUUCUUAAAACUAAUCAGUGUUUAAUGAUGAUUCUCCAUUGAGCCUAUACUCUGCCUUCCAUAGCAAGUAAAUAUGAAAUACCUACUUUGCACAUAACAAAAUUAACUACUUGGCUGUUGGAGCUUUGUAUUUCAGAAUGUAAAUGUAUGUCAGUUUUUAUAUAUUUGUGAAUUCAUCUGUGGGAGGAGUAAAGGAAAUCCAAGAGUAUUUAAUGAUUAAUGUGGUUUUCUUUUCAUUCUAUAAAGAUUUGAAAAUAUAUUUUUAUAUUAUUUUACUUAUUUGGACUUUACAGAACACACAUAAGCAAUUAGGAUAUAACAAAAUUACAUGUUAUCAUUUUUGCAACUUUUUUGUUUUUUAGACCUUUUUAUUUCUUAAAAAAAUGAUGAAAACAAAUAAAUUCUUGAUUGUAACUACUUUUAUAUAA